UUUUUUCCUAGGAAUUUGCUGCCUCAGUUUUCCGGAGAAGCUUCGAAAUGGGGAAGAAAGAUAUUAGCAAAGAAGAUCCGGGAAAGGAGGAAUUUCAGCAGAUUCCUUCAUUGACGCGACAGAUAAUUGCGACUUGUCCGGGAUGGUCGAACAGCUUUUUCCUUGGACUCGGAUGGGGUUAUAUUUCGGCAGGCUAUGAUUCGUUGCGAGUCGAAUCUGAACUCGGAUUGCUUUCGUUUCCAGUCACAGACUACGACGUUUCACAGCUAGUUGAUCCGCUGUGA